UCGUGGUGGCCUCAGUUCACGCAGUGACGUCGUACCGCACGUAUCGGCACGCAUCUGUUUGUUCCGAAGUAUACACGUCAAAAUCGAUCAACAUAUCGCAGACGUCUGUGAAAAUUUGCAACUCUACAAUUUAUUCGCUUCUUAUUCAAAAUUUCACUGAAAGUUAAAAUACUCCUUGGAAUUUCAUCAAACGGCAAUAUGAAUCUGACCUUCAUAAAUUUGCCUGCUAUUAAGAUGAUACAUUCUAGAAACACGAAUUAUUUACCAUGACGUCGCAACGGUGAUCGAGAUGUUUGGAAAUUUUGAUUCACUCUAAGAAACUUCCUAGAUCGUAGUGAAGUGUAGAUUGGAAGUGGCGCGUUUCGUGAUUGUGAUAAAUCGCCGCGAAAACACUCAUAGUGAUCGCGAAUCAUCCACUGUGACUAGCUAUCAAAGCACCGAGACAUCAAUCACGAAACAGUAUCGACUAUGGUAGUUCUGAGUCGCGUGGGAUCGCCGACGAUGUCAGCGACUGUCGCCGGCAAUCAGCAACAGCAACAUCCUCAUCAGGAAUGGGACAUAAACGAUUCGAACGUUCCGAGGGUAGUGGAAUAUGAUCCUUGGUGCGAAUGGGCGGACGGACACGUGAGGAGAGUCUACGGGCCAGAUUGCGAGGAAGCAAGAAGACACGCCUCCGGUUGGGCAAUGAGGAAUACGAACAAUCAUAACGUGAGCAUCCUCAAGAAGAGUUGCCUGGGCGUUUUGGUAUGCUCUCAAGAGUGCGUACUGCCCGGCGGAGGAAGGGUUCACCUCCGACCGGCGAUCUGCGAUAAGGCGAGAAAGAAACAACAGGGCAAACCAUGUCCCAAUAGACAGUGUACCGGUCGCUUAGAAAUACUAUCAUGCCGCGGACAUUGUGGUUACCCAGUAACACAUUUUUGGAGGCAUACGGAACACGCGAUUUUUUUCCAAGCUAAAGGUCAACACGAUCAUCCACGACCAGAAGCCAAAUCUACGUCGGAAGCGAGAAGAAGCGUAGGUGCCGGCAGAAGGGUCAGAGGAUUGGCAGUUCUUUUAGCGAGAGAAGCCGCGCUAGGCUCUAAGCUAAUGUCAUUAAGAGGAACGAAAAGACCAAGCAUGGACACACUUGAACAGCCAUCAAGAACGACACAGCCACCACCUUUAAUCUCGGAUAAAGGAUAUUCAUGCUCCUGCCCACCCUUUGAAUGCAUAUGCACAUUACAAACAAACGUACCGUCCUAUCCGCAAUCUCAUCAUCAGACAACGGUAUACUCCCAACAAUUGCCUCCCACAGAUGGUCCCUACUGGCUGCAAGGCGCUCCACCGCUGGACAACACCGUUGGUUAUUGUCUACCAAAUCAGAUUUCCCAAGAAGCUUCUUAUGGUGAUUUUCCACCUUUUACGGGUGACCUUUUCCAACCAGAAGAAAUCUUUCAACUAGACCAACCUUUAAGACCGGACUUUCCAGCAAAUUCCCAGGAAGCUCGCUCACCACCAACUUUACUCGACCUUGGCAGCGGCACCAUUAAAUACGAGGUGAAACAACAGAAUCAAGAUCAAGGCUAUUGGAACCAGUUUCUCAGCGAAGACUCCAGCAGCAGUCAUCUGAGCUUACCUCAGGAGGAAAAGCUCCAUUUUGCCAACUUCGAGUCUGAGAAGAUCUGCAAUAGUUUCUCUUCGAGAAGGAUGCACCAUUAUGUCCAAGAAAAGAAUCAGAGUCAACCUGGAAAUGACAGUCUAUGUUACCAGAAUUAUUCUAGAUCGCAAAAUCAAAAAGAUUUGUAUACGAAAAACCGAGUAUGCUCGGUUGAGGACUACGAGGACACUCGUAGAGGAAUGUUCGCUGUCUAUCAGCGAACGGAGUCUGAUUACACUUGCGAGAUUCUCGAACGGAUGCCUCAGAUGAUGAACACUGGAACAGUCCAUGGGUCCGUCAAUAAUUAUGGCGAUCAAGCUACCACCGACCUAGAUCUGCCACCUUUCGUGGAUUACACACUGGUCGGAAUGUUGUGCAGCUCCAUGGAUGAGGAUACGUCAAACAUGUUACCAGGAUGUCCCCAAGACUCGCACACCUAUAUUCCUCAUUAGAAUAUAUUUGGUCGUUGUGCUCUACUCAUUUGUAUUAUAUAAAUAAAUAUAAGAC